UUUUGGGCAGUCUGCAAUCGAUAGCGCGAUAGUCAGCAUGACAUUCCUUCGACCCUUGCCGGCGGGCCUGCAAAAGAUUGCCAUCGAGGAGCUCAAUGAGGUGCCCGAUCGCGUGGAAUCGGACAUAUCCGCAUUGAGGACAUGGCUGCAGAAGCAGCCACAUCUUUCUGCCUGCAUGGAGGAUCAGUUUCUCCUUAGUUUUCUGCGCGGAUCAAAGUUCAGUUUGGAGAAGGCCAAACAGAAGAUCGAUCGAUUCUACACGCUGCAGGCGGUGAUACCAGAGGUCUUCAAUGAGCACCGCCUGGUGGAUGAUCCUCAGGUGCUGGAGAUCAUUCGAAUGGGUGUAAUCUUGCGCAUACCCCUGGACAAAGAGGACACUGGCCCUGCGGUGACAAUAAUUCGUGUGGGCUCCUACGAUACUCAGAAAUUCAAGUUCCAGGACAUCAUUCGCGUGGGCUCCAUGUUCGGCGAGAUCGUGAUGCUGGAGGAUGACAAUGCCACUGUCAGUGGCUAUCUGGAGAUCAUGGACAUGACGGGUGUGACGGCUGCCAAUCUCUUUGCCCUACAGCCGCAGCUGCUAAGCAAAUUCUCGGCCUACGCCGAUGAGGCGAUGCCCACGCGACAGAAGGGCAUUCACUUCAUCAAUGUGCCCAAAGCCUUUGAAACGGGCUUCAAAUCGCUGCUCUCCUGGUUUCCCGGAAAGAUCAGAGAGAGGGUAUCUGUUAGCUCUGAUCCAGAGGCCAUCUUUGAGCGCGUCUCUCGUGCGUAUUUACCAGUGGAAUAUGGCGGCACCAAGGGCUCCAUUCAGGAUUUGAUAGAGGAUAUGGAAGCCCAGCUGGAAGGCUAUCGAGACUACUUCGAAGGCACUCAGAUCUUUGGCAUCGAUGAGCAGCUACGGGUGGAACAACGCUCGCCCGGCAACAGCCACGAGAGUCACUUUGGUGUGGAUGGCUCCUUCCGCCUGCUGGCCAUCGACUAUAGCCUUUCGAUUACCCAUUUGAGGCACACAAAGGCCAGGGCCGACGCGUCGACGCCACUCGACAUUCGGUCGCCGAUCAAUCGAAUCGUUCGCUCCCCCAAGAUGCCGCCUGCCAUCCGUCCGCUGAGCCCCGAGCUGCAGAAAAUUGCCGUGGAGAAGCUGAAUGAGAUUCCCGAGAAGAUUGAGGAUGACAUCGCCGCGCUGAGGGAGUGGAUCCGCCAGCAGCCGCACCUGAAGGCACGCACAGACGAUCAGACGCUGGUGAAUUUCCUACGCGGCUGCAAGUACAGUCUGGAGCGAACCAAGUCCAAGAUUGAUCGAUUCUAUACGCUGCGCACCAAGUACCCGGAUUUCUAUGCGGCCCACAAAGUGGAUGUGGACAAGUUGCUGCAGAUCUUUCGAUUGGGAGCUAUUAUCCUACUGCCGCGUCCCCUGAACGACAAUGGUCCUCGCAUAGCGCUCCUGCGUCAGGCCAUGUACGAUCCGAGUGUGUACACCUUUCAGGAGGUGAAUCAUGCCGCAGGACUCAUGCAACAGAUCAUGCUGAACGAGGACGAUGUGGCCAUUGUCAAUGGCAUGGUCUCCAUAUUGGAUAUGGCGAAUGUCACCACGGGCCACUUUCUGCACAUGACACCAUCGUUUGCCAAGAAGAUGACCGUCUUCCAGGAGGAGGCACUGCCCCUGCGGCCCCAGGGCGUGCAUUUCAUCAACACUCCUGCGGGUUUUGAGACCAUCUUUAACAUGGUUAAGCCUAUGCUCUCCAAGAAGCAGCAGGGACGCCUGUAUGUCCAUGGCAGCAAGUGGGAUGCCCUCUACGAGCAAGUGCCCAAAAAGUACCUGCCCAUCGAGUACGGCGGGGAGAACGGUUCCAUUCCGGAGAUUAUAGCCGAAUGGGAGCAACGCAUCCUCGCCUACCGAAGCUUCUGGGCGGAGGAGGAAAACUACGGCACCGACGAGAGCCUGCGACCGGGCAAAGCUAUCGAUUUCGAGAACCUAUUCGGGCUGCAGGGUUCGUUCAGGCAACUGAAUGUUGACUAAGGCCUGCUCUACACCCUAUAAAUGUGGCACUAAAUAUAGUCGCACAAACUGCAGUUCACUCCACUCCACUCCACUCUUAUCUUAAGUAACGAUGAUGUAGCACAACGCUAGCAAGUCGAUUGACCAUAAAUGGUUAUAAUAGAUAAGCAAGAUACGAUGUGAAACAAAGUAAAGGAACAAAGUACUCACCAAAGUACAACCAACUGGAAAAUGUAUGGCAAUCUGUAAAGAUUAAGAGGGGAAAUUCCUUAAUUUAAAUACU